UUAGGUCAGCGGUUAUAUGCUACACUAAAGAGUACGCAUGCCUUAUCGAGAGUGGCCGCAGUAAGAAAUAUCAAGGGCGCGGAAUCCAAGAUGGCGGCUCCGUCGACUCCUCGUCUACACGGCGCUUUGAUUCCUUCUGGACAUGUUUUGCUAAAUGAGAAAUGGCGGGACAGUGAGAUUGGGAGGUCCAUCAAGGAAAACCAUAUAAGGAUUAUGUACGAUGACCACAUGAGUUUGGUAGAUUUUCAUCCGUCUAACAAAGUAGCCAUUGUAUUCCUGCCAGAAGCUGAGUUGAUUGGCGGGAUUGACUAUAAGGGGCGGAUCCUCAAACUGACAAAGUCAUCAUUUCGAUGCAUCGUUAUUGCUGAGCGCACCCCACUGAGUGAACAGUACUUUGCAGCACUUCAGAAGUUUGUAGUCAUUGAGAGGUCACUUGCACUGUUGCCAGUAACAACACAAAGCGAAGCAGGCAAAAUUAUUGCACACAUGGUGAAAAUGGAGAACAAGCCUGCAAAUAAUCCAUAUCGUAUCAAGAUGAAGCCAGUACAGACAGACAAAGCACUUCUUGGCACCGUCCAGAGCAUUCCCGGACUCGGUCAAAAGAAGGCAUUGGCACUGCUAAAAGAAUUCAAAAGUAUUGAAGUAAUUAGCAGAGCAAGUGUAGAGGCAAUGUCAAGAGUGGUUGGUAAAGCCUGUGCAGAGCAAGUGAAGACAUUUAUAGACAACAGUAACGGCAGAGGUGCAAUUAGGAAACAGUUAAUAGAACACAAGCAAUCUUAGAGUUUUAUAAUAUUAAAUAUUUAUUUCACACUUUGUA